AUGGGCAAAAUACUGACGCCCCGUCCCUUCCCUCGGCGGUCGUUCGGCCUCUUUCGCUACGCCCUCUUCGUCGCUCUCAUGAUCCUCAUGCUUUACACCCUCAAGCAAAGCCGGAGCUCACUCCCAGUAUACCCCGACACGGACCGGAACCGCCUGGCCGUCGCCGAUCCUCCGCCACAACCUGGCACGCAAACGGCCGUCACCAAGCCCGACGAACCCGCGACGCCGCCCGACGCCGUGCAGGACGCCAAGCCCGUCGAUGUCCCGCCGCCGCAGCGAGAGGCGGAGCAAAGGCAAUGGCGCGGCCGCAUUGACAAGACAAAGCUCUCGAACAAGGCCCCCCCCCAUGCCAUCGACAAGUUAAUAUACGAUGCCCAGCACCACUUCGCCGGACUCCUCUCCAAGAGGUCCAAGACGGUCUCGCAAGCGGCCCAGGCUUAUCGCAAGCAGCGCAACCGACACCCGCCCCCAGGCUUCGACAAGUGGUUCGAGUUUGCCCAGUCGCAGGGGGCCGUCAUCGUCGAGGACUUUUUCGAUCAAAUCUACCAUGACCUGGAGCCCUUCUGGGGCCUCGACCCCGCCCUCAUGCGUCGGGAGGCUAGUCAAUCCGACAUGACCAUCAACAUUCGCAACGGCACCGCCUCGACAGGCUCCGAUUGGUUCUGGACCAAGAUUUGGCACAACAUGAUCAAGGAGAUCGAGUCCCAUCUCCCGGACAUGGACGUCGCCAUCAACCCCAUGGACGAGCCGAGACUGGUCGUUCCGUGGGAGGAUGUGGACGGCUACAUGGCCAAGGCUGCCCUGUCGAAGAGGCUUCCCAAGCCCAACACGGUCGUGUCCGAGUUCGAGAAUCUCCCGGAGCCCAAAACCGGCCAUCUCGCCGGCGACGUUUCGGACAAGGCGUGGGAAGAUACAAAACCGUACUGGCACCUCGUCCGUCGUGGCUGUGCCCCCAGCAGCCUCGCCCGAACGACGCCUGAGCAGGAUUCGUUCGUCGACCCUCCCGAGAUCAGCACCAAGCACGCCGAAGCCCACAUGUACAAGGGAUACGUCUCCAACUACACCCUCUCCAACGAUUUGUGCCACCAGCCCGACCUGCAGGGCCUCGAGGGCAUCCUCAUCGAACCGCUCUCCGUCUCGACGACCAAGGUCAUGUUCCCCAUGUUUGGUGGCUCCAAGCUGAUGGUGAACAACGAAAUCCUCCUGCCUCCGGCCAUGUACUGGAACGAGGAGGAACGCUUCACCGGCGGCGACGAUCACGGCGUGUCCUGGGGCGAGAAGCAGGACGUGGCCAUCUGGCGCGGCGUCGCCACCGGCGGGAAGAACCGCGAGAGCAACUGGCGCGGCUUUCAACGCCACCGCUUCAUCUCCAUGGCCAACGGCACCAAGGUCGCCCAGGUCGAGUCGGGUGAGGCGCGGCCCGAGAACUUUGUGCUGCCCGACCCCCAGUACAAUGUCCGGCCGCAAAGCGAGCAGCGCCUGGGCAAAUGGAUCGACGAGUGGUCGGAUAUGGCCUUCAUCGACCUGAGCUGCGAAACACCGCAGGACGGAAAGUGUAACUACACCGAUUUCUAUUUCCAGAUCGUUCCGGGCCUCAAGAUGGCCGAGCAGUUCAGCUCCAAGUUCCUGCCGGACAUUGACGGCAACUCCUUCUCGGGCCGCUACCUUGGCUUCCUGCGAUCCACCUCGCUGCCCAUCAAGGCAACCAUCUGGCGCGAGUGGCACGACAGCCGCCUCGUCCCCUGGAAGCACUUCGUCCCCAUGGACAACCGCUACUCCGACUUCUACGGCAUCAUGGAGUACUUUCUGGGCUACCAGGGAACAGGAAGCCACGACGCCGCGGCCGAGAAGAUCGCAACCGAGGGCAAGGAGUGGGCCGAGCAGGUGCUGCGCAAGGAGGACAUGCUCAUCUACGUCAUGCGCCUGCUGCUCGAGUACGCACGCGUCCUCGACCCACGGCGAGAAACGAUGGGCUGGGUCGGUGACGUGAUCAAGGACCCGUUGCUGGAGAAGACCUGGUUGAGCUGGUGGUGGUUCCGGGGCAACUAG